CCGCCCGUCGCGGACGUGAACUCGCAGCCACCAGCGCUGUUGCUGUCUCUGUUUCUCCGCCGCGUCCGGGCCGCCCGCCCGCAGCCAUGAGCGCGCUCGGCCCGAGUUCUGCCAGCAGCCCUCUAGAUUAGUUCCCGCUGCUUCCCGGGACCGUUCUGCAGCAUGGAGUCGCCUGCCUCGAGCCAGCCCGCCAGCAUGCCCCAGUCCAAAGGAAAAUCCAAGAGGAAAAAGGAUUUACGAAUAGCCUGUGUGUCCAAGCCACCUGUGCCCAACCCCACACCCCCCCGGAACCUGGACUCCCGGACCUUCAUCACCAUCGGAGACAGAAACUUUGAGGUGGAGGCCGAUGACUUGGUGACCAUAUCAGAGCUGGGCCGUGGAGCCUAUGGGGUGGUGGAGAAGGUGCGACAUGCCCAGAGUGGCACUAUCAUGGCUGUGAAGCGCAUCCGGGCCACUGUGAACUCGCAGGAGCAGAAGAGGCUGCUCAUGGACCUGGACAUCAACAUGCGCACGGUUGACUGCUUCUACACUGUCACCUUCUAUGGGGCCCUCUUCAGAGAGGGAGAUGUGUGGAUCUGCAUGGAGCUCAUGGACACGUCUCUGGACAAGUUCUACCGGAAGGUGCUGGAUAAAAACAUGACGAUUCCAGAGGAUAUUCUGGGGGAGAUUGCUGUGUCUAUUGUUCGAGCCCUGGAACACCUACACAGCAAGCUGUCUGUGAUCCACAGAGAUGUGAAGCCGUCCAAUGUCCUCAUCAACAAGGAGGGCCAUGUGAAGAUGUGUGACUUCGGCAUCAGUGGCUACCUGGUGGACUCCGUGGCAAAGACAAUGGAUGCUGGCUGCAAGCCCUAUAUGGCUCCUGAGAGAAUCAACCCUGAGCUGAACCAGAAAGGCUACAAUGUCAAGUCUGAUGUCUGGAGUCUCGGCAUCACCAUGAUUGAGAUGGCCAUUCUGAGGUUCCCUUAUGAGUCCUGGGGAACCCCGUUCCAGCAGCUGAAACAGGUGGUGGAGGAGCCAUCCCCCCAGCUCCCAGCUGACCGAUUCUCUCCUGAGUUUGUGGACUUCACUGCCCAGUGCCUGAGGAAGAACCCUGCGGAGCGCAUGAGUUACCUAGAGCUAAUGGAGCACCCUUUCUUCACCUUGCACAAAACCAAGAAGACAGACAUUGCUGCCUUCGUGAAGGAGAUCCUGGGAGAGGACUCGUAGGGGGCUGACCUGAGACCCCACUGGCCCUCCAGCACCCAAGCCCCCUCUGCUAGGGCAGCACUUGCCCAUAGCCAUAAGCUACUGCCAUCCUGGCCCUGGGUGUUCCAGGAGGAAUCAAGGGGGCUGCUUCUGUCUGGCUCUGCAACCAGCCAUUUGUUCCAAGUGCCAAAGACCUUCUGGAGCUCCCAGCUGGCCCCAUGUGGGCGCCUUCAGUGCCUCUGCUCUUGUUGUUCCAAGGACCUAAAGUCUCCACUGAGGCUCUGGACUUGGGGGCCCCACAUGCCCCGUGCGGACACUACUGCCCCUCACAGAGAAGGCAGCCAGUGCCUGUGUGGACAAGUUGCCACCUCACCUUGGGCCAGCCUGGGUGUCACCCAAGUUGUAUAUUUUUUAAAUCUCAACUGAAUGGACUUUGCACACUUUGGCCCAGGGUGGCCACACUUCUCUCCUGGCCUCUGUUCGGAGGACACAGUAGUGGGAUGAGCCAUGUGAAUCCCCAAGACUUUCUCAAGAGAGAGGCCUUGAGCCACCCUGGGCCUUCACCCAGCACUGGCCAGUGGGCUGUGAGGGGCACACAUCACUGCCCUCCCUCCCUCCCCGCCACCGCCCUGCCACCACUAGUGGUAUCCAUUCAUCUAUUUUUUUUUUUUAAUUUAUCCUCUUGACUACUUCUUUUGCUUUCUGGGUUUGGCCAUUUUUCCUUGCAUGGUUUGGAGCUGAUCACUUCUCCCCUAGGGCACCAGCAGGCUGAGACCUGCCCCUUUGCUCAGUCUGGGGUCUAAGGGGAUGGGCCCAAGGUCUCUGCUCAGGGCGGCUGGGAUAGCUCACAGGGGAUGUGGGUUUGCUUUGGUGGUGUUUUUUAAAAAAAGAAAAUAUAUUUUUGUGAAGAAAGGCCUGCUCAUCCCAGGCCUUUCCCUGGGGCACUGGGCAGGUAACUGAUUGCUGUUUUAAUUAAAAAAAAAAAAAGUAGUACAAAAGUUGUAUGAGACCGUGUGACUGUGACGAGCCCAUUCUACUUAUCCCUGGGGCCGUGCCAGGCAGCGUGACUAGGGAGUUGGGGCCCCAGCUCACCAGGGCCCUGCACUUACUAGGUUCCUGUUCACAUGAAGAUAGGAGACUUUAAGGGGGCUGUGAUGAAGUGCUUCAUUCUGUGACCAUCCAGGCACCAGGUACCCUGCUGGACAUGGGAUAGAGCAGUGAGCACACAGGCUUAGUCCCUGGUGGGACCACCACCACUGAAGCCCGAGGAUGGCCAGC